AUGCAUGAGUAUCGUCUCCUCGAUUCACGUAAAGCGUCCACCAAACGUAACGGUUCCAUGAGGUUAGAUGAAUGGGUGUUGUGUAGGAUAUACAAGAAGAGAGGAGCAGCGAAGCUUCUAGAAGAACCAGAGGGUUUUGUGGAUGAAGUACAAAUCGAUGAGACAGCGAUUGUUACGGAUGAAGCAGAGAGAAGACAAGAGGAAGAGAUGAGGAUGAUGACGUCGACGAAACUUCCAAGAACGUGUUCGCUUGCUCAUUUGUUGGAAAUGGAUUACAUGGGACCCAUCUCUCACAUUUUAACACCGUUCGAUCUUCACCAUCCUGGUUCGAACACCAUGAACGAGUCUGGUUGGUUCGGAGAUUUACAGAUUAACCAAGACGAGCUGUAG